AUGAUUCGCCGUUUCUGGCGUUCCUCCGGGCUUCCUUUGGAUCACAUAUUUGCAACCGCUGCGGGCGUAUACCGUCGAUCGCGCCUCCGAGCUGCGCUCUCAACCUGGCAUUCCGUGGCCAAGGCAGAAACCCACCGCAUCAACUGCAGAAUCGCGGCAGCAGAAGUCAUUCAACGCGCUACACGAGUUUUUAUCGCAAGACAUACAGCUGAGCGUCGCCGCCGCGUGCGUGGUCCGGCAGUGUUGGCAGCCUCCCGCAUCAUUCAGGCCGAAUUUCGCUCGUGGAAAGCCCGAGUAAAGGCUGCUGACGUAGCAGUUCGCCAGAAAAACCGACAAGAGCUUCGAGAACGAUACUGGCGCGACGAGAAGGCGAAAGACGAACACAGGCGACGAGAUGCGUCGACCGUGAUGCAAGCGGCGUGGAGGGGGGCUGCUGGGCGCGCAGUAGGAUUGAACAGGGCACGACAAACACUGAGGGGGGUGUUGAAUGAGCUGGGUGGUGGCCGGGGGCGCAUGCACAGGUAGGUGAUGGUAUUUCGAGAGGAAUGUGCGCACCUCUUCGCAAGACGUCGGGACACCUCGUGACUUGGCCUUUUUUACUUGUCACGUUCAUUGAAAGCUGUUUAUACACCGUUUCUGAGGGUUCUGUUGCAAUAGCAAGCUUUCACAACUGGGAAAUACAAUAUUUUCAUUGCCGCAACCUGUCACACAAUUUAUGAGCGUUCGAAGGGCGUGCAUGGUGCUUCUAACGUCUUACGGAUGGUCUCAAUCGCCUGCUUGCUCUCUGAUCGCGCUUUCUGACUGACACCACAACUGUGCAUGGGAACAUUUGGUGGCCUAUGUCAAUAGUAGGCUAGUUUGGCAUAUAUGGUAGCCACAUUUACCUCGACCUUCUUUGGGCAAACAAGAUUAGCAUGUACAUUUCGUGGUUGAAACGCCUUUUUUUUUUACAUGACAGGUUGCAUGAGUGCAGCGUUCCGACUGGCUGCUUGGAGCAUGUGGCUUUGGCAAGAGCUUGUGAAAUUGCUCUCCGACUACCGGUCCGAUCUAGGGGGCAAACCCGCGAGGUAAGCAGAGGGUUCCGCUACCGACGAUAGCGUACCAUCGAUCAACGCCAUGAGCCCCCUUCUCUUGGGCCGCAAUCACAAUCACAUCUAACCAACGCAAUCCAUCACCCAUUAACAAUUGCUACCAGGUAUUCGGCAACAAAAUCGUUGCACUCCUCAGUUAGCAACCGUUAUUUUAUGUGCCGAACUAUCUCAGGCUUGAGAUAUAGAAAAAAUGGCAACAACUACAGCACGUGUUCGCAACUGCAGGCACUGCUUCUUCUCCUGCGAUGCCGACUCCUUCUGGAUG